AGAGCUGAAUGGAGGCAGCCUCUUCCUGGUGGAUAAACAGUGACAGCUACAGGGCAGCCACCUAGACCCAGCACACAGGCUCUGCGCUGCCCUGGCAAACAACACCAAAAUGGCUUCAGACAGUACACACAUCGCGCAGUUGACUUCUGGUGAGUAAAGGAGAUCGGAAAAUAUGUCAUGGUUGUUGUAAUAUCCCCCCAAUUUCCUCGGUGCCCUCUUCUAACGCAGCUCCCGUCCUCUUCUCCCCCUCCAACCAUACCAGAACUGUACUUCCUAAUAGCCCGAUUUCUAGAAGCUGGACCGUGUCAAAAAGCAGCCGAGGUUGGUGUUUUUGUAUUUUAGGAUAAUUUAUAACAUAUCCGAAAUUGUCACGAGGUGUAAUUUUGUAUUUUUAUCCUAUUUUCAGACCCUGAUAAGGGAGGUGGAGGAGAAGGAGGUAAGCAGUCAGCAAGACGAGAGAUGCUUCUCUCUGCACUGUACUUUGUGAUGUUGCUUUUACUCUGAUUUACCAUUUACUGAUUUAAAACAUCACUUCAUACAUUUAUAUUCCGGAUGAUCACAGUCUGCACUAUUUUUCCGUCUCAGCUGCUACCCCAAAGACUGGACUGGACAGGGCAGGAACACCCCGGGACGUACGAAAAUUUGGUAAGGGAGCCCUAUAACUGAGGAAAAAGUUUUUAGAGAGCAAAAUAAAAAUUGAAUUUCCCGCAAUUUUUAAAUCAGGUGGCUGAGAAAAAACUGAAAAGGACUUUGCAGGGCGAGCUGGCUGCAGGUUGGGGCCGAUAUAGGGGCACCAAGGGGUCGGAUCCCAGAGUUUUACGCACGGUGGUGUGCGAGUUUGAUCCCAUGCAUGUCCAAAAGGUUGUAAUAGUUGUUGGAAAAAUGUGUGUGAAAUGUUGAUACGUCAUGAGUGUUGUGGUGUAGGAGCGCCAGGAUCCGGAGGAGGGACUCCCUGCGCCACAAGCCAGAGAGAGAUGGAGGCGCUCUUGUCCUGCUAGAAACAUAAUUUGUGUGCAUGGGCUGAAAACACACAGGGGGCAAGAGUUUGAAAACAGGACAUUUUGAGGAGAAUAUAAAGAGUAUAUUCAGUUAAGCUGGAGUUGCAGCUCCCCCCCGGUUGACUUCGGGCUGCUGCGCGCAUGUUUGUGGAGACAUUUCUCAGAGCGGGGUUUUUUGGAGGAUUGUUGGUGCAAGCUCGGGUGGAAAAGAAGAGAUGAGUUUUUGUGAAGAUGCGAGGUAAUAUUAGACUGCUAUCUUAUCAUGGCUUUUAUUAAUUGAGGCUAAUUGUCAUGUAAACAAACACGGCUCGCUUGAAAGCGCAGUUUACGCAUGGGGGCGUGGAGAGAAUUAAUCAUCGCGCAUGUAUUUAUUCACCUCCACUUUUUACGCACGAUAGCGCUUUUUAACUUUAUUCCUAUUUUACGCGUUAAAUUUACAUAAUUAUAAGAUGAUAACCUUUGGCCUGUUUUAUCCUAAAAUACCGGAUUUUUUUGGCUUCUUCCUCUCAAACACACGCAGAGGAACAGAAGGAUAUCCACGUUGCGUGAAGUGUACAUUUACCAGAGUGAACAUUUAUUCGCUUUGGAAAUAAUUGCCAGCGUCUCUCUCUGCCUGAUCGUGUGUGUUUUUCUCUCCUCUCCCCUUCCUGCUCGGCUCUCCCCUUCCUCCUCCUCCCCUCCUCCCCUCCUCCUCCUCCUCCUCCCAUGCUCAGCCGAUCAGCCUGCCUCCUGUCUAUUGUGCAUAAUUUCCUACGAUUAAAAAUAUACUGCAGAGGUUGUUUUUUUUAAUUAUCAGACAAAAUGGAGACAGGAUGUUUGGAGGCAGAGGAUGGUAUGUUUUGAAGCGGUGUUUUGUGGGAUGAUGUCUGGCUCAGGCACGGGUAGGGGGGUUGGGCAACAAUAAGAAAUCAACCUGGACUUAAAUGGUAUUGUAAUAAUCAAGGAUAUUAAUUAGGGCUGAUUAAUUAAGGCUAAUUAAUUAGAUGUAUAAUUAUAGCUUUUUUGCAUGUAAUAUAAGCAGAAACACAAUAUACAGACAAUGAACUUGUCCUUUUGAAUGUAAAUUUAAGCUUAUUUUAUAUUUUGACCAUAUUUUCACCAAAUUAUUCAUUUCAAUUUUGCAAUUUUUAAAUGAAGUCCAGCAGAAUUGUGCAAAAGUGAUAUUGAUUUUUUGCAGGAUGUGUUGAAAUAGGAAGUGAUAUUUGUAGAGAGACUGCAAGCAUGCCUCUAUUUAGGUGCCACGUGCAGCUGAUACAGGGGGCGAGUGCUAUCCAUUACCCUUUAGAAGCAAGUAAAAUGGAGCGAAUUGUUGUUACACAUCUCUCUGUUUUUUACGUGUGUGUCAAUCUGGGCUUUGUGUGUGCACCUAAGAGGAGCCUGUGAGCUGAUAUGUGCUUAGAAACACUGAUCACGUCUCUGAACCAGCAAGGAUGUUGAAAGCAAUUAAGGGGUCAUUAAUUUGUAUGUGUGUGUGAGUGUGUGUGUGUGUGUGUGUCCCAGUGAAGUCUUGCUGUCAGUAUCCAGAUAUGCGCACUGAGUUAAUGCAUGUGCCAGUGGAUUAAUUCUUUAGUCUCAGGCUUUUUGACCCCUCUUAGAUAUUUAAAUCAGUUUUCUCCUUAUUAACAUGUCUUGUCUUUAAAUAAAUACAUUAUAAUAACUCAGCGUCCCAGCAUUAGCACACAGCAGCUUUUUCACCCUGCUGUCGCUCAGGUGAUAGGCCCCAUGUGUCAGAGGAUUCGGACACACACUGUGUUUAUAACAGCGUGGCCUACAUACUGUCUGCUUCAUGCUUACGUAGAGUGCCACACCCCCUUCUCUGCUGCUUUACUCCACAAGCCUGUGAACUGGAUCUGUAGUCCCUUUUAAAAGACAGGGGCAAACAUUUCCAAACAGAAAAACAAAGACUAAUCAUUUAUUAAAAGCUGUUAUAUUUUCAUUUAAUAUUUAAUAAUUUUAUCAUAGUGCUUGAAUCGUUUUUGAGAUAAUGGAUGUUUUCACUUCAGUUUUUUUUCUCAGCUACCUCACUCUCUUUUUUUUUCCUGAAACUCUCAGGGAAAAAUUCAUUUGAUUCAUUUUUUAGAGAACGCACCGUUGCUUUAGAAAUACGAAACUCCAAUUUAGGUUGUGACCUUGUCUUUCACUUUUAUUCAUUCUGCAGAAAGUGAUUUUGUUUGUGUGUUCAUACUCAAGUGGUUGAAAAUAAAUGGACUCUGGCCAAAUAGUAAACCCUUUUGUCCACAUGCUGUAUUUGCUUUUGAAUGCUGAACUGAAUCCAAGAGGACCCACUAGAAAAUAUUUUGUUAUCAGUAAUAUUUUGGUGUUUUAAUGAUUUUUUUUAGAGAGAGCUUUAGAUAUUUUGUGGAUCUGUCUUAACUGUUUUUUAUGUACACAUCUGUCGUGUGUCUGUGUUUGUCAUAGGUGAAGCUAUACCGGCACAUCAGCGCGGAUCACCUGCUGCAGAUCUGCUCCAGAGUAUGUCCUCUACUAGAGAAGGAGGUACCUGCCAGCGUCCCCGGGCUCACCAGCCUUCUGGGCGCCGGCAGGCAGAAUCUCCUCCGCACGACCAAGAGUGAGUCGAUCUAUUCCAUUCACACAUGAGCUGCUUUAAUGUGAACAUAUGCAUGCCUGAUGCAAUUUCUGUAAUACAUCUCUGCAGAGACCUCAUGUAAAUACAUGCUGUCAUGCUUUUAUGCAAAUUUACUGCCGGUGCAUGCAUAAAGAACAGCUCACUCAGACGAGCCAGAAGACAAACUGUAUUAUAGGUGUGUGUUUACGCAUCCGUCCGGUGUUCACUCUCUCUAGGUUGCAAACAUGUUGUGUGGAAGGGCUCGGCGCUUGCUGCGCUGCACUGUGGGCGUCCACCGGAGCCGCCAAUUAUCUAUGGGAGCCCACCUAAUAUUGGUAAAGAAAACAGUCAUUUUUUUUCUGUGCCUUUGUUUUUAACUGUAUGAGUCAGACUGUAUUUUCCUGCCAAGGUCUUCACUUUGAACAGCAUUUGCUGUGACUUUAUUGUUGAUUUUCCUCGGCAUCACAGCGCAUUUUUGCACAUUUGUGGCCUAUUUUCAUAUUCUUUCAAGUCUGUCAUAAAACAAGUAAGACGCCAUUUCUUUGUCGCUGAUUUUUUCCCCUCGCACUGACAUCGUCCUUUCUGUUCCUGUGACGUCUCUUUCCAUCUAGUUGAGACAAACUUUGGCCGCCGGCUGAAUGGCUCCUACCGUCUGCGGCAGCUGGUGCCUACAGCUGUGUACCAGCACAUGAAGAUGCACAAAAGGAUCCUGGGACACCUGUCAUCCGUGUACUGCGUCACCUUUGACAGGACAGGGCGACGCAUAUUCACGGUAAGGCUGCAAAUCUGAGCUACGCUUGUGUGUUUUCUUCCGCUGGGUGCCUGCGAUACCUGAAUGAGCCCGUUCAAGGUGAUUUCAGCGGCUUUGUUGUGCUGUCGUCUCUUCCCUGUUUUUAUGCAGAGUCACCUUUUGUACGCUGAAUUUGACUGUUAAAAGCUUUUGUUUUGCUUACUAAGAUAACCAAGCCUCUGUUAACCCUGAUGCUAAUGUUCUCGUUGGGUAUAAUUACUGUUUACCUUAUUGUGGUUUGAUGCUUUUACUGAGUGACUCAUAGUUAAAGCUGAGUUCAUCCUGCAGGGGGAAAAAAAUCAACACAUUUUUAGCACAGCUAUUGAACUUUUAAAGAAGAAGAAGAGGACUCACGGUCUCUUUUAGAGCUGGGCAGAUUUUGUUUGUGGAGUUGGACUUGGCAUGUCAUUCUAGUGUCUCAUAAAACCAUCUCAUGUGAAGAAAUGAGGGUCUGAUUUUAGUAAUAAUGAUGCUGCUACAUGUAAAACUAAAGCUAUAUUAAUGUGACAUAAAAAUGUGAUCAUCGGCGAUAAUAGGGACUCUCCUAUUUAUAUAAAAUGAGAUGUUGUUAAUGAUAUCUAAUUAAAACAACGUUUAAGAAAAUCAGCUCUCAUUUAUAAAGUUAUUUAUUAGUGACUGAAAUAUCUCCAGCUUGGCAGGGUGUAUCUGGGGUCCAAAGUAGUCAAAAGUUUUUUUGAAACCUUCCCUCUUGGCUGCUUCAGUUGGCACCGUAUCCUUUGCAGUGUGACUGUGUUUAUUAUUUCUUGCCAUCUGUUGCCCUUCUUGUUGUAAGACACCUGUCUGCUGAGUGACUCUGCCAAAGUUGGCUGAUUUUUUUUUUUUUUGGUGUUGUUUUGCUGGUACCUGGGCUGAUGAGUUGUGGUAGACUCCAGAAGCUUUUCAUACUCUUCAUAUCCUGUGUGGUGGUUUAUUUUGCAGAUAGUGGCAGAUAGUUAAACAAGUUAGUUGUUUAUCUUUCUUUAACGGCUUUUGUGCUACAUCCGUCUUUCUGAAGCCGAACCACCUCCAUGGAGAUCCACGUUGAUUCUGAGGCUGCUAGUGUUUGUGUUUUUUGCUCCAUGCUGGCAUCCUCUACUGGCUUAGCUUGUUUUUUUUUUACAUGUUUUUAUUGGGCCCUGGCUGAUGUUUUAAAUUUUUUACGAAGUUAUAAAAAAUAUGUUUACUGUAGAUAUCUACAGCAUACUAUCUACUGUAGAUAUACUGUAGGCUACUGCCUCUGCGUCUUAAUUCACGUUACACAUUUCCGGUCCGGUCUCAUCUGGAGACAUGCAGCUGCCUUAGUAAGAGAAGUAGCUUGAUCAUGUCAUGUGUACUGUUGUUUAUUCUACCUUUACUAGAACGGCUAACAGUUUAGCAAGGCUAAUAGCAGAUGGCUAACUCUAGCUUCAGCUUGCAUAUUACACGGUGCUUCACCGUUAACUCAGCGUGACUGAGACUAGCACAGCAGGGAACAUCGUGAAGUGGGUUGAACUGAAACUUGUUGACUUAUUGUGUUUUUCACAAACUGGUUUAUUUACCGUUGAGGCGGACCACUCUCGUCCUGCUGCAGAUCGGUUACUCUGCUGUGCUGUGAGGUAGUUAGUGGAUGAAGAUUGUCAUGAGGUCGCUGCGCCAUCUACAGGAUAAGUCGGGGAACUUUUCAAAUGGCGCAACAUUUUCGAAGUGAAACCGAAUCUCAUUCUCUGCAUUUUAUUUCUGAAAAUAUCUGCGAAAAUCAGCGAGUUUUGGACAAUUAUCGAUUAGUCUCAAACUGGCUAAAAGUUGCCGAUUUAAUCGGCUCGCCGAUAAAUCAACAUUUUCUUGCAAAGCAGAUACAACAGAGAGAACAUAAAACAUAGCAUUAGCAACAGUGCACAGAAUACAGACACUGAAGCCUGACAGGGGAAGAUAAAUUAAAUAAAAUGAAUACAUUCAUAAAAAAUCUAAUCAGUAAAAAUGGUAGUAAAAGUAAUUCAAAAAGAUAAUUAUAACAGAGACAAGUUGUCAGGGAGUUCAAGGAGGACAGAAUAACAUACUCAAAUUUAAUAGCGUACCACAUAGCUUAGCUUGUUGAGAUAUGUGAACCCUCGGUCUGCAUGUACAUUAGUCUUUCCCACUAGGCUUGAUUACAUUCAGAUAUUACGUGUCUGCAGAGCAAGCGGCUGCAGUUUCAGAACCUCAGCUCUUGGCUGUAUGUCCAGGAUCCUUAUGUUGUUCUAACAGUUAGAGUUAAAGUAAGGACUGGUUGGUGACUUUGCAAACAACAAGAGUCUUAAAAUUAUUGCCCUGAAAGAAGAACCAAAGAAAAAAAAAAAUAGAAAAACCCAAAUAUCAGAUUAUAUCGACCUGCAUCUAAAAUCUCAGAUAUCAGCACUCCAAUACAAGCAGUCCAUUCCAAACUCUGCUCUGGCACCUCUAUCUCGCAGCGCUCUGAUCCAGCAAGCUGAGCCCACAAAAUCACAACAACAGUGUGUACUUAGGUACUAACAAAGUAGCAAGGAGUAGGAGUGAUGUCAGCUGUGUGGCAGUAUUUUCUGUUUAAGUCUGAAAAAGAUUGAAGGCUACAAUAUCGGUAUCGUAUCGAAAGUCGUCAAGUUGUAUCGGGACACCCUUAGUGGAGUCUUUAUUGUAUAUUCAUUGAGUGUUUUGCUAAUUUCCACAAGCAAACAUGCAUCUGAAAUGCUUAUGAACUUUCAAAAACAUACCCCACCUUUAAAGAAAAAUGAAUCAACAACAUACAUUCAUAAAAAAAACCAAAAACAUACAUUUUAAAAAAAGCAACUUGUUCUCAAAAUGCUGAAUUUGGAAUAUUACAAACUCAAACUCAAAGCUUUGCCUAAAUGCCUUUAGAAAGUGUUUAACCAGCAUCUUCUACAGAAGUCACACAUGAACCAGAGGAAGUCUUCUUAAGAUGUGUGAUGAUAAAAAGUUGAUAAAAAGUCUUUAAAGAGUCUGUUCACAUCAGGGUUUAGAGGCCAAAGAAUCACUGCAGGUUUUUUUUUUUAAGGUAUUCAGGCUCAAGGUCAGGACUUAAGGUGCACACAGACUCUUAGUACUUUUUUAAAUGAGCCCUAUAGAAAGUUUCAACCAAGUUUUUAAGAGAGUUUACCCUUGACACACGUCCUACAGCAUGAAGAUUUCUCUCUUCAGGAGGCAACAGGAUGUGAAAAGGAUGCUGCUGUAGUAGUUUCACAAGGUUUACAAAUUAUUUUUUGAGGCUGAUGCCAAUGCCAAUACUGAUUAUUGGGGGGGAAAAAAGUCCGAUUUUGAUUAAUUUUUAAAUUUUUUAUGAAGUUAUAAAAAAUAAAUAUAUAUACAGUAGAUAUCUACAGUGUACUAAAUACUGUAGAUGUACUGUAGGCUACUGCUCUUUACGCCGACAGGAAGACUGACCGAUCAAACUCGGACCAGAAAAGCAUUUUCAACUAACCCCCGCGUGCGCCGAUCGGUGCCUCUGUGUCUUAACUCACGUUCCACAUUUCCGGUCCGGUCUCAUCUGGAGACAUGUAGCUGCCUCAGUAAGAGAAGUAGCUCGAUCACAUAAUGUGUACUGUUGUUUAUUCUAUCAUUACUGGUGCGGCUAACAGUGUAGCAAGGCUAAUAGCAGGUGGCUAACUCUAACUUUAGCUUGCAUAUUAAAUGGUGAUUCAUCGUUAACUCAGCGGGGAACAUCGCAAAGUGAGAUGAACUGAAACUUGUUGACUUAUUGUCUACUUCACAAACUAGUUUAUUUACCGUUGAGGCGGACCACUCUCCUCGAUGCGUCCCUGAGCUGCCUGCUUCAGAUCCGUCACUCUGCUGUGCUGUGAGGUAGUUAGUGGAUGAAGAUUGUCAUGAGGUCGCUGCGCCAUCUACAGGAUAAGUCAGGGAACUCUUCAAAUGGCGGAACAUUUUUGAAGUGAAACCGAAUCUUAUUCUUAGCCUUUUAUUUCUGAAAAUAUUGGUGAAAAUCAGCAAGUUUUGUGCAAUUAUCGAUGAGUCUCAAACGGGCUAAAAUUGGCCCUAAUGAUGUUGACUGUUCAGUCUUCUUAUUGUUGCCAGGUAUAAUUGCACACGCUCACAGUAUAAAGAAGAGUAUACAGGAGCUUUACUGCGUGCAUGAGGAAAACACCAGUUGCUUGUGUGAGUUUUGAAUACAGCCAGAGACUUUCAAACAGUGGAGCAAGCUAAUCUGACAUUACUUUAGCUCAGCUUGUAGCAUCCGCACCCCUGUUGAAAAGUUCCAGAGCCAUCCUGAUUUUGCUGAAAUGAAACAGCUUUUUUUUUUAUUUUUAUUCAGGGCUUCUUACUGGUUUGAGUCUUGUUGGAGAGAGAGGGAGACUUUUGCAACUUGGCUUGGACGUCCUGUGUUGCAAAAGAGUGCCAAAGAAUCGCUGCGACUUAAUACAAAAGUGCAGUCGGCGUUUAAAGAGCGUUUUAAAUCACAGGGUCUUUUUGUUUUUUUGAGAGUAGAGGAGCUCUGUGCUGGUUUUUUUUUUGGCUCUUAUUUAAACCUUGUGGACACUUAAAAGUUAAUUUUGAGUCUCUUUUUUUUCUCAUUACUCCGUGAACAACGAGGAACUGAAAAAAAAACAGAAGCCUGAUGAUGCAAACAGGGAAAUUACAGAAGAAAUAUCAACAUGUGGAGGUUGACCUUUGCCCUCUGGAUGCCCCUCGUGUAAACGUGCUGCGCCAGUUACUGUUUCAGCGUGCUCAUGUGAGCGAUACAGUUCGAGUGAAGGGGGUAAAUAUUAAAGGAACAAUAAGUUAAUGUUGAAUCUUUGUCGCCGUCCUUCUGUUUGGAUCCUGGAGUCAAACACUGCCUGCUGCUAUACACCAUUUUCAGCUUUCACUUCUUAAAUCUCUAAAAAUGGCUGGCUGCUGAGAGGGAGAGGAGGGAGGGAGUGUGUGUGUGGGGGGUUAGAUUGACUCUCUGUCUCUUUUCCUGUUAUCUCUCUUUCCACCGUUCUUACACUCCCCGCUCAUGCUCUCUCUCUCUCUGUCUCUCUCCCCCUGUCUUCCCUCAUCCUGCGCUGCCCCUCCUUUGUUCCUCUCCUCCCGUCUCCCCCCGUCUUCUUGCUAUUUCACAUCAUAACUGGAGAAAAUGUUUCCUCUGAGGCGCUGGCUAAGUGCCAAAAUUAAAAUUCAUUCUUGGCCUCUCUCUCUUUCUCUCUCUCUCUUUCUCUCUCUCUCCUUUCUUUUUUUCUCUCUCCUUGCUCGUGUGUUUUUUUCUUCCUUCUUGCUGUUUCCUUUCAUCACAAGAUGAUUUUUAUUUAUAUAUUUUCUUAUUUUAGGAUCCCUUCAGUCUUUUUUACCUUAGACUUUACCGCAGCGGUGGGCAGAUUGAUUGAAAAUUGAUAGUUUUAUUUAGUCUUAACAUUCACGGUAAUCAUUUGUGAUCAAUGAGCAGAGUGUAUGUCUUUGUGUUAAACCGAUAACUGGCAAACAGCCACAUUGAUUUGUGUAAUAUAGCUUUAAAAAUGGCUGCAAACUCAUUAUCAUGGCCACCGAGAGACACAAAUUAGACUAGCUGGUAGGUGUUGUUCGUCCCUGAUACGGUUGCAAACAUAACUUGACGUCUAUAACGGUGAAAAAGUUCAUGCAAAGUCCCCCUGCAACUCUCUCUUCUGCCUCUCAUUUUGGGUGUAUUUCUUUUUCUUUCUCUUGUCGUCCUUGAGCUCUCUGUGAAUCACCGAGGGGACGCUUGCUGUUUUGAUCAGUCCGCACGAAACAGCAGCUCCAGUCUGACUCCGUUCUGCUGGUGAUGGAGCGGCUGAUUAUGAUUUAUUCAAAGGAGGGGGUUGAUGCUCUGUUUUCAUCUCACAUUUCCUCCAAACUCUCUGCUGAUACUGAUAGCGUGGCCUGUUUUAUAAAACACAGCGCAGUUACAAAAGGAUGGAUGUCUCUGAAGGUAUCCUCAAAAUACAGUCGGUUUGAUUGGAAACUUGAUAAUUAUGUGUUGAACGUUAUUGUGCAAUCAUGAUUUGUGAAUUGAUUUCCAGCCCUGUAUUUCAGACUUAGUCACCAGUCACUGUUUAUUUCCUGCUUCCUCAAAUCACACAUCUCCUUUUUCAGACAGAAAUCAUGUCACAGUGUGUUUUUGCAUCCCCACUUUGUGGCUACAUGUUGUUUUUGAAAUGAUUUUGACAUAAUCAGUAAUCAAGGCGCAGGAGGGUCUGGCACCAUGUUAAAUCACAAACUCUUUAACCCUUUACAAGCUGCUUUAAACAAAUGAAGUCUGCGGCAGCUGCUCACUCAGGUCUUACAUGUUUGAUUAUGAAUAAAGACAGUGUAGGAAGGUGCUUCAAGGCAACAAAACUUCAAGUCAUUUUGAUUUUAUGAAUUAUUUAUUGAUAUGACUCUGUCAGUCUGUUCUUUGCAUUGCUUUUACUUUGUUUAUCUUAUUAAUAAUUAUGCUACAAAGGCUAAAUUACAACCAGACACUCACAUUGUGCAAGAGGGUUGUGGUAUGAUGUUAAGUUAAUAGUGUAUUAAGGGUUCUGAUAGGGCUGGGCGAUAAACCGAAAAUUUACCUAUACCGAAAUUUACGACAAUAACUGACGUCAUUUUGCCCAUGACAAAAGUUGGAUUUGGAUGUGUGUAGGUAGGCUAUGGUCUUAUGUCCCUUUAAGACACUGUCCUACAUCAGAGACUUGACUCCACCCCAUCCAGUCCAUAACAAAGAGGGAAAGACAGGUGAGGAGAUGGAGGGCGGUUCAAAAGUUGGAGCGGCUGAAGUAGACGAAGUUAGAGUGGGAGGGGGUGAGCAGCUAGAGGAGUAGUUAUCGUCCAUUUCUCGUUAUUGAGUUGACCUGCUUAAUAUAUCGUGACAUUGAUUUGAGGCCAUAUCGCCCAGCCCUAGGACCAAAUAUGCAUUUUAAGAGUAAAACAUCUCACUAACUAUGAACCUGCAGGUCUUACAAAGCAUCAUUUUAUUCCAAAUUGUCCAUUCAGUGUUUUUCUUCUCAUCCUAAUUAUCCUGCAAUCACAUAUAUAUGUCGGUUUGAGCUUUAAACCCUCCAUCUAGGGCUGGGCAAUAAACCGAAAAUUUACUGAUACCGAAAUUUACGUCAAUAACCGACAAAAUUUUGCCCAUGUCAAUAUUCAGUGACAAAAAAAUCAAUAAUUAAAAGUUGGUUUUGGAUGUGUGUAGGUAGGCUAUGGUCUCAUGUCCCUUUAAGACGUUUGCAGAGACGUGACUCCACCCCAUCCAGACCAUAACAAAGAGGUAAACACAGGUGAGGAGAUGGAAGAGUAGACAAAGUUAAUGUGGGAGAGGGUGAGCAGCUUGUGGAGUAGUUAUCAUUCACUUAUUGUUAUUGAGGUGAACUGCUCAAUAUAUCAUGAUAUUGAUUUGAGGCCAUAUUGCCCAGCUCUAGUUUCUGAUCAUUGCGAAUGUAUGUGUGGUCAUCCUGCUUUAAAGAGGAUUUAAAACUUAUGCAGGAAAACCUUAAAGGUGACAGAAUCAAGCCUCUUGUUGCUGUGAAGGAUAAAUCCCAUUCCCUUUUGUUUUUUUAUUUAAAAACUAUUUCUGGCUCUGAGGUCAUUCUUAUACAUUGUAAACCUGAGGUCAGUCGAGUCUGUCUUGAGUUCAGGCUUCAGGGUGAAGACUGGGAUCACACCUAAGAGGGGGAAUCGUAGUGAAGCUGCAGCCAGUACAGAGUUAAGUUUGAGAUAAACCCAUCCGCUCUGAUGCUGUUGUACUUCAGCAGGAUCCAUUAGUCCUCACAAAGCAGGCCGGGCUGUUUCACAGUGGGGUGAAAUACCUGCGUCCUGACUCUUGAACUGACUGGGCAGUGAGCUGGCAUGUUUGCCAACGUCGUCGCUUUUAAAGUUGUUUUGAAAGAGCUUGAAAUAUGCAUACCUGCAAGUGAUUGCAACUCAGAUUGAGAUAGUUUAUUUUGAGUAUGCUGAGUAUGUGCGGUAAGGCAACUUUGGACAAUGUGAGGCAAUUAUGUGACCAUAACCUGACUCUUAAAACAGCUUGAGAUAAUCUUAUGAAGAUAUUCACAUAACAGCAGCUGUGGCCUUUGCAACUGAUCAGUUUAAUAGAAUUCAAAUACAUGCACAGAAAGUAGGAGCUCUGAUUAGCUUUAAUACCUUAAAAAUGUUCGCAGACAUCUUUUACUACCCUCCAGAAAAAUCAUCUUUAUAAGUCAUCCUCUUUUCUGCUUGUGAUCCCAGUUUGCCCGUCUGCUGAUAGCGGCGUUUUUUUUCUUUCAUUCCCAGGGCUCAGACGACUGCCUUGUAAAGAUUUGGGGUACGGAUGACGGGCGUCUCCUCGCCACCCUGCGCGGCCACGCUGCCGAAAUAUCAGACAUGGCUGUCAGCUACGAGAACACCAUGAUCGCCGCCGGCUCUUGUGACAAAACGAUCAGAGUGUGGUGCUUACAGACCUGCGCUCCGUUGGCCGUCCUGGAGGGACACGCAGCCUCGAUCACGUCGCUGCAGGUGCGUUUUAUGUUCAUGUGGAGAGUGAAAAAAAUGACUGUUUGCAGCAUAGCUCAUGUUUUGGUCUGUAUAUAUUGCAAUUAUAUUCAUCCAGUGCCAUUAAACUGCUUUUUUUGUGGUGUUAAAAAGCCUCCCAGUGAAAUAAAAGAAUGGAUGUCACAGCUGACGGAUUGGACUUUCUGUUAAAAUCCCUGUUUCAGUUCAUCGGCAGAGUCAGAUAUUAAAGGAUACAACAGGCUGAAAUCUGAGUUUUGUCAUGAAAUCUAAUAAAUAGACCAAAAAAAAAAAAAAGAUUCACUACCCUGUCUGUGGCAUUCAGCCUCAAGCUUUUUCUUCCCUCUGAAGACAUGAAUCCUGAAAGUUAUUUCCUGUAACAGCUGGGCAUGGUAGUUUUCAGAAAAAGAGUAGUCAUACAAGGGUAAACAGUGCGGUUGUUGGGGACUUAUUACUGCCAGGAUUGAUCUACCGCUAAAAGAUUUUAUGCAGGGAGAAGGAGUAAAGCAGGGUUUUUGAAAAUAGAAUAAGCUCCCAUGUUCAUUUUUAAGGGGUAGAUGUUUCAACCAGAGCCUCACAAUUAUCGGCUUUUGUCUUUACAUUUAAUAACAAGGAUAUAGCUGCUUAAAGAUGAACUCUCCUUACAUUGUCAUGUAUGCACUUUUUUUAAUACCGGCGAUAAUCAUCCCCUCUUUCUUGCAUAUGUGUUAUCAGCAUGUUUUGAUUGCCCAUUAAACUCCGCCGUAACCUCUAAUUGUCUGUGUUUGCAGUUUUCUCCUCUCUGCAGCGGCUCAAAGCGCUACCUGUCCUCCACCGGAGCUGACGGCACCAUCUGUUUCUGGCAGUGGGACGCACGCACACUCAAGUUUGGGUGAGAUACACAAAGAUUUAACAUACACGGUCUCGCCUGCACCUGUGCUGCUCACACCUUUGACUCUGAAGCUGGUUGCAUAAGACUUUGAGUUGUAUAAACAUAAGACUUGACUGUGUUUUCAUUAUGUGUCUCAAUUUGUUCCCCUCUUUUUGUGCGAGUCCAGUCAGAGGCCCAGUAAGUUCACAGAGCGCUCCAGACCAGGAGUCCAGAUGAUCUGCUCCUCCUUCAGCGCAGGUGAGCACACCUAACUUUAGAUGUUCAGAUUUUUCUUCCAUGUUUGAGGAAGACGAACAAAGCUCAAAAAAGGCCACAAUUAUGCUAAAUUAACUGGAGAGUGAACACAGCAGACAGACACGCUCAAGUGGCUCUGCUGCUGUUCAGUAAAUGUGGGGUAAGUGUACUUCACAGUGUUCGAGAGUGCAUUUCUAUUUCGGGGCUGUUAUUGACCUUGAGCGUUUGGUAACUUUGAAGUUGCCCAAAAGUUGCUCUCACAAAUACAACGCACUCGUUCUGUUUCUCUACAGUUUGAUUUUUCACGAGUAAAUCAAUCAUAUUUACUGUAAAAAUGUUGAUGUGUGUGUCCAGGUGGCAUGUUCCUGGCUACAGGGAGCACCGAUCACAUCAUCAGGGUGUACUACUUUGGGGCAGGACAGCCAGAGAAGAUCUCUGAACUUGAGUCCCACACAGUGAGUCAACACGCUGCCAUAUAGAUAAAACUUAAAUUACCGUAAGUCUUAUAAAAGAUUGAAAACUAAGGAAGAGGCUGAGAUUUUUUUUACCUUUAGUUGCACUUUUUUGGGGUUUAAACUCAUGAUUUAAUUGCUGUGCAAAGUAAAUAUGUCGUAUAGAUUAAAUUCAAAUUACCGUAAAUCUUAUAAAAGAUUGAGAACCAAGGAAGAUGCUGAAAUUUGUGGAGCUUUAUCUGCACUUUUUGGGGGUUAAACUCGUGAUUUAAUUGCAAUGCAAAGUAAAUUGUCUUAUUGAAAAAACUUAAAUUACCGUAAGUCUUAUAAAAGAUGGAGAACUAAGAAAGAUGCUGAGAUUUGUGGACCUUAAGUUGCACUUUUUUAAAGGGUUAGCUCAUGAUUUAAUUGCUAUGCAAAGUAGAAUAUGUCGUAUAGAUUAAACUGAAAUUACCGUAAGUCUUAUCAAAGAUUGAGAACUAAGGAAGAUACUGAGAUUUGUGGAGCUUUAGCUGCACUUUUUUGGGGUUUAGCUCAUGAUUUAAUUGCUAUGCAAAGUAAAAUAUGUCGUAUAGAUCAAACUUAAAUUACCAUAAGUCUUAUAAAAGAUUGAGAAUUUAGGAAGAGGCUGAGAUAUGUGGACUUAAAGUUGCAUUUUUUUAGGGGGUUAAACUCAUGAUUUAAUUGCUAUGCAAAGUUAAAUGUGCCGAACAAGGAGGUUCAGCAGAGGCUUGUUAUUAAUGCAAUGUUUUCACUUCUCCUCUGUAUUCUUCUCACCCAGGACAAAGUUGACAGCAUCCAAUUUUCACAUUGCAGCGACAGGUAGGUUUGCACAAUUCAAGUGUGGAGUAGGUGUAGUUAAUGCUUGCGAGUGCGCUGCUGUUUGUUGUUAUGGUACCUCUGGGUGUUGUAAGUGUGACUCCACGGUGUCAGCAGAAACACUAACUUUGCUUUCCAUCAGAUGCACGUCCUCUCACUCACACAAAGACACACACAUCAUGCGUUGAAUGGAUGUUAAAUUGUGUGUGUAUGCGCCUGUGCGGCGUUUGCAGAAAAAACAGGCUCAGCUGUGAUUCCCCAGAGUUGCUGUAAUCUCAGCAGUGAGGGAGGUAGAGUGUCUGCGCAGAAAGGAGACAUAGGACAAAAAGAGGAGGGGUUGGAGCGAGAGACAAUUAGCGAAUCCCGAUGUGCGAAAAUGUUUUUUGUAUCGCAGCGAGAUGAAGUAGAACAAAGUGUUUUAUUUACAAUUAAGCUGCUGCGUGAAUCUGUGCUCACAAAUGUGUAUGUGUUUGUGUUGCAGGUUUGUAAGUGGCAGCAGGGACGGUACAGCACGAAUCUGGCAGCUGCAGCCUCAGGGCUGGAAGAGCAUUCUGCUGGACAUGCAGACCAAAUUACCAGGGUACGUGUGCUCAUGUGUAGAUGUGUGUGUGUGUGUGUGCAGAAGUCUGGCUCCUCCGCAAGCACUGCUGCACUCACAUCUCAGAGUCGUGGGUUUGGAUGAUCUUGUGGGUUUUGAUGUUUGUCUAAAUUUACAAAAAUCAAUUGUAUUGUGCACAAAAGUUGCAGACCUAGUGCGUGAACAUCCCCCGUUCAAAACGACGCUGAAAUGAAACAUCACCUUAGAAAAGCGAAAAAGUAAAAAGACAUUGAAUGGCCUUGGAAAGAUAUUCUUUGCAUCUAUUUAGUCAAAUCUUAGUGAUCUGCAGCAAAAUCUACAGGAAAUUAUUCAUAAAGUCAAAAGGGAAAAACAACAUGGUGACACCUGUGGCAUAAAGUGUGACACAGUGAUUGAUUACCUGACUGCUCCCAGACAGAAUAUAGAUUUACCGCAGGCAGCACAGGCAGUGAAUGAACGGAGACGACAAUGACAUUCUGUCAGAGUCGUUUUUGCCUGGAUGGACACAACAAACAUUAAAAAAAAACACAGAUUUAAUGAUAACCUUGUUAUCAGUAACAGACAUAAUAGAAACUGCAAUGAUGAAAUGAUUGCAAGUGAAAACACGGCAACAUACUAAGAGAAGGACUCAGCCUUACGCACUUUUUUGCGCUUGAUUUUGGUUCUCCUGGAUCCAGAAGAAUCAGCGAUUAUAGAUCACAUUUUUUAAGUCCAUCUAUCGUCAGUUCUCCGAAGUAACAGCUUGUAUUUACUUUUAUACACAAAUCUCAUGUUUACCUUCAGGAAAUACAACCCUCCACCACUGGAAGACAAGGUGACUAAGAUGAAAGUUACCAUGGUGGCGUGGGAUCGUCAUGAUGGCACGGUGAUAACAGCCGCCAACAAUCUGACACUGAAGGUUUGGAACUCCACCACCGGGAACCUCGUUCACAUCCUCAUGGUAAUAAAACGCAGUUACAUGCAAACGCAGAUUCAACUUAUUAGUUAUCUUUUUAUGGAUUAAGCCGUAGCGGAUCAUCCUGAGAGUUUUAUUUUUUGAAUCAGGUCAGCUUAUUGUCAGGUGGUUCUGCAGAUCCAAGCAGUGACUCAUAACUUUCCGUAGUGAUGUGUUCAAGAAUGUGGGACAUCUGAUUAUUGCUUAAAUAGCAUAAAAUGAAUAUUAAAACUUAAGUUUGGAGCACCCUGACUCAGUUAUAGUUAGAGUACAGCACCUUAAAAAGGCACCUUAAAACACUGAAAACCGCCUUUAAAAAAAAAAGAAGAGAAAAACACAGUUGUUUCUCAUUUCUUUGUGUGUCUUAAUCCAAAAAUGUUCUUUAAUGACAGGGUCACGAGGACGAGGUGUUUGUUUUGGAGCCACACCCCUUUGAUCCGAGGAUCCUCUUCUCGGCGGGACACGAUGGGAACUGCAUUGUGUGGGACCUGGCCCGAGGAGUCAAGAUCCGCUCGUAUUUCAACAUGGUGAGACUCUGGACCUGAUUCUGACUCGUGCACUUGCUGAAAUGAAACUGAGUCUGAAAGUGAUCGGAUCUCCACAUUUUCACAGAUUUUUUUUCUUUUGCACUUCAUCAGUAAAUGUAAACCACACUGAAGCAUUUUUCUUUCUUUUUUUCCUCUAAGACAUAUUUCCCUUCCAUAUCUCUGUCUCACAUUCCUCGCCUCUCACCCUCUUUGGCCCUCCCCCCCUCCCUCUUUGCUUUCACUUUCCCUCUCUCUCCGCUUUCUUGCUCCGUCAGCUCCACGUUGGCACUCAUACACUCUGUGUGGCCUCAUGCGCGAGUCAAGGGUAGAGUUAAACAAUGACACCACACUUACUGAAAAUGACCCAGUCUGCUAUUCAUCUUGCUGCUGCUGCUGUGUUUCCUGCUUUGCGUUGUCAUGGUAACCAAGGACAGCAUUGAUGGCUGUGAGUCACUCAGUGAGUCAAACAAAUGUUGGUGUUGAUCAGAGACGGUCGGUGGAAGGUGUUGUUCGGUAACAAAGAGUGUGUGUGAUUGUCAGUUUGGACCUUUAAGAUACACCCUGAUACUUGUGUGAAUGAAGGGCUGACAGAGGGACAAAAGAGGUGAUUACAGGGGAGUGGUAAUGUGGAAGAGUAGAUUGGAGUCAGUAACAUAAUCGUGCAGUAGGAUCUAAAUAUAGGUUGAUAAUGUUAGCCGAGGAAUUAAACACAGGGCUGCCUACAACAGGAACUCAUGUCUGUGUGCGUUUACUGAACAUAAAGAUGCGUAACAUCCUCUGAACUGUACAAAAGUGAAGCCAAAAUAUCCCCUUUGUUUGGAGUUUGCUCAGUUGGAUUUGGCUGGUUGAACCUCGUAUAGCGCCCCCCCCCCCCUCUUUUUCAGUGUUGUGUAUGUUUUCUCCUGCUGUUACUUCUAUUCACCAACAGAGCUGCCAAUUAAUUUAGCAUACUUUGCCUGUAUCAUCUUCCUACGAAAGACGACUAGGCCCACAUGAAGAGAAAAAAAAUGGUUACAGGAAGGAGAUUAAAGGAGAAAUUUCGAGAUUAAAAAAAUUAAAACCAUGUCAAAAAGAUUAAAGUCAAAAUAUUGAGAUUAAAAUAAUCUAAAUAAUGUCAAAAGUCAAAAUUUCGAGAUUUAAGUCAAAAUUUUGAGAUUAAAAUACACUAAAUUAUGUCAAAAAGUCAAAAUUUCAAGAUUAAAAAUUGAGUUUUCGAGAUUAAAGUCAAAAUUUUGAGAUUAAAAUAAUCUAAAUAAUGUCAAAAAGAUAAAUGUCAAAAUUUUGAGAUUAAACAAUCUAAAUAAUGUCAAAAAGUCAAAAUGUCGAGAUCAAAAAUUUAAAUUACGAAAUGUCGUGAAUUUUGUCGAAAUUUUGAGAUUUAAUUUUGACUUUAUUUGUGUAAUUUAGAUUUUUUUUAUCUCGAAAUUUCCACUUUAAUUCUCAAAAUGGAAAUUAAAAAAAUCUCCCUCCUGUAAUUAUUUAUUUCUCUUCUUGUGGCCCCAAUCCUCUUUAGUAUCUUCCCCAUCUUUUGGGUCAAUCUAAUAAAAAAGUUUUAGUAAUGAACAAAAACACAACCUCUCAAAUAAAGUUUUGUAGCUCCGUCCUGCUCUUUUGAAGGAGACCUGUCAGCACUUUCGCUUUUUUGCUGCCGGAGCCCUGCUCUCAUGCUGACGGGGUUCAUUUCAACCCCCAGUCAGAUGAUGAGCUGGGAGGAGAGGGCACAGCUCUUUCCCAGUCUGCUGGGGAGCCCAGACUGGACAGAUGUGAUACCAGUGUUACCAUCUGUAGGGCAGCUGCCUCACUUUACCGAAUGAGAAAGUGCAGGUCCUCCUAAUAUGAUUACAUCCUCAUCUUUGUCCUCUAUAAAACCUCCAGAACCAUUGACAGAAACAAUAAAAAAUGUGCCCCUAUGUGCCAAAGCCGAGCGCCAGACAAAUCUGAACUCACCUAACCAGGUUAUAACUCCAGCGCCAAAACAGAAAACAACUUUUCUCUUUAAGGUCACAGAGUGAUUUACAUGGUCAGUGGAGCGUCUAGGUGUCUUAUAAAUACUAAGCCUCGGUUAUCAAAUACCCUCUAAACAUGCUCAUUAUUUUUCUUGAGCUGCUUGUGGCUUUUAUGGUGUUUGUGUACAGGACUGUUUUGUCAGGAGGCUCAUUUUCAAAGAGAGCAGCCAGUCACACCAGAUGCACCAACACCGCUCCUGUAAUAUACUCGUAAACAGCACCAUAGCACAGAGACUCAAUUUGCCUGGCAGGUUCAGGGAGAGGUACAUUUCGUCUUUUUGUGAAAUACCGAGACGGGUUUUUGUCUCCUUUGUGCAGGUUUACAUUGAGAGGAGGGAGAAUGAGUUUCUUUUGGAGUCGGCUUAAGAAUAAAUAGAGCAUCAUGUAACUAAUGCAUUUAUAAUAAUAUGGCAGGUUUUUAGAGCUGAGAUGCACAGCUCAUUCUCUGUUUCAUCAGAGCUGCUGGGACCUUCCUUUGACUUAUGAUUUUGUUUGCUAGCAAAAAAAGGACGCUCUGUUCAACAAGACCUCUUUUUGUGACCGUGCUGACUUUGUGCACAUCAUGUCACUAUUUCUGGAGGAUAAUUUUGAACACAGGCCAUAUUUUUAUACUUGUAGUUUUUGUUCUACUUUUUUUUUUUAUCUACUUAAAGUUUUAUCAUUGGUCUUUAAAUUUUGAUUAUUAAGUUUAGGUGAAGUUAGUAAGCAGGGGAAGGUCCCGCCAUCCUUCGCCUCUGAUUGGCUAGAGGUGCUGGGCUCCGAUUGGUUAUUCCUUAUAGCUUUGAAACGUCAUCGUCUGUCGGGUUAGGGUUAGGGUUAGGGUUAGGAGAUUCUGAAUCGCGAUAAUAUUCUGUAAUGUUCGAUGUACAGAGCCGACAGCCCGCGCUCGGCUUGAGCAUGUGAUGACGUUUCACAGCCAAUCAGAGGCGAAGUAGGCGGGACCUUACCCUACUUACUUACUAACUUCACCUAAACUUAAUCAUCAAAAUUUAAAGACCAAUGAUAAAACUCCUAUGAAAAAAAAUAUCGUACUCCACACACCUCUCUUCGUGUUAGCUUGCAGCCUAACAUUGCCUGUAUAGUAGGAGUAGGUAACAUAUGCGCCAAUACUGAGUGAGUAAUAAAAUGAAGAAGAAUACAAGCGGAAGUUUUCACUGUUGACAGCAGCGUCCACUCGUUUUAUUUCUUUUCUUCCCGCGUUAACUCAGACCGGGUAACUACAACACUACUUCAGGUAUUCCUUCACAAUAAACCUCGGCACAUCCUGUGGAAUGAACCGUGCCUGCCUAAGCUUCACUGAGAGCUGCUAUAACAAAAAUAGGUUUCAAUAGGAACUAUUUAGCUCUUGGACACGUAUGUUUUUAGGGGCAUUAUGAAAACUAAUAUCAUAAUUAGCUUUCUUACGAGCAUUGCAAACUGCUAACACACACGCUAGUUCCGGAUUGUCCUCUCGAUUUCUCAGAGAACUUUGAUUUGCUUUGAGGAAAUCUCACUGUGUCUGAACCUGCUGUCUGGGUCUGCUAGAGGCUCACAGUGAUUUUAAUGCAGAAAUACUCAUGAUAUGCCCUGUAGCAUCAGAAAAAUGCUAUAUGAACGUGUAAAAAACAAGAAAAACAUGAUUUUCAUCGGAGCGGGUCUUUAAAUAUGAGUCAAGUUUUCCAAAGUUUGACCAGGAAGGUUUGGUUGUACUCGCUUUUCUUACACAACAUCUGGAGACCUGCUUCGUCUGCUUGCACCACUGUCCAUCUGCAGCUGGCUGAAAACACGUGCACUUUACCUGCAUAUUUUCAUACAAAGAAAGAAUGAAUCAAAGCAUGCUGCUUCAAUUUUAUCUGGUUAACUCUGCACUAUGAUGCAGUAUGAAGUAUCUCAUUUUACCGAAUUAGAACCAGAGAGGAAGAACUCCUUUUUUUAUCUCCUGAUUUAAUGGAGUUAUUUUUAGAGCGAAGGAAUACCCUCAGAAGACACUGAAGGCAGCAGCGUGCUGACGUCCCGAACAAUGAAGGUUUUAGUCUCUUUCAUUUUCGCUUGAUGAUGUUUCAGUCUCUGCAGGUGGUUGUGUGUUUUGAGACACCCCUCAUUCUGUCUCUCAAACUCUCUCUUUAUCUGACAGCUGCUGCUGGAAAUGAGAGCUGUCGCCUCCCCCUGAAUUCACCUGAAAAAAACAGUCCCAUAAUGUGGUUAUUGGCUGAAUCCUAAAUGUGUUCUUGUCAUGUAUUAUUUAAUCCUGUUGUUCAGCGCUUGUUCCUGCUGUUCAUGUGUAUUAUGGAUUACCUGUAGACCUACAACUCCCCCUGCUAGUGUAAUAAGAUUUACAAUGUCUUCCUCUUUCUCUCUCUCUCCCCUCUGUCUUUGGAUAGAUCGAAGGCCAGGGGCACGGAGCAUUGUUUGACUGCAAAUGUAGUCCAGAUGGGCAGCACUUUGCAGCCACAGAUUCCCACGGACACCUUCUCAUCUUCGGUUUUGGCUCCAGCAGCAAGUACGACAAGGUAAAACAACACGCUCCUUUGAAACAUAAAUACACCUACCCUUACCUGACAUUGAGCCAAAGCAACUUUUAUAACAGGUGAGAUUGAAACAGUCGUUUUUGUUUCGAACUUAAUGACAGCAGCUAAAAAAAAUGUAGAUAUUUCUGACAGCAUCCCGGGGAGAAGGGGAAAAGAGUUGUGCUGUUUUUCUCUCUCUCCAACUUAAAAAUGCUUGAAAUAUCAGUCACUAUUUGGCAUACGGAUUCAGAGAUUAAAGCGUUUUUGAACUGGUUAUAAAACAAGCUAAAAUUAAUAGCAAUGAUCGGAUAAAGCAAACCAGACCACCACAAAGGAGCCUAAUUAUUUUAGCAUGCUUAUUUUUAAAACUCCUGCUGUAUUGCCGUGCAAAACAAAAUGAUUUAGAUUUCUUUUUUCUUCGUUUUCCACAGAGAAAAAGUUUUAAGAGAACUGCCUCCAGCAGCAGGAUCAGAAACCACUUAGUCCAAAAUCAUCACAAAACCGUGUUGUUUCUUCCAGAUAGCGGACCAGAUGUUCUUCCACACCGACUACCGGCCGCUGAUCCGAGACGCCAACAACUACGUGCUGGAUGAGCAGACUCAGCAGGCGCCUCACCUCAUGCCCCCUCCCUUCCUGGUGGAUGUAGACGGGAACCCCCACCCGCCUCGCUACCAGCGCCUGGUGCCCGGCAGAGAGGGCUGCAGAGAUGAGCAGCUGAUCCCACAGAUGGGGGUCACCUCCUCAGGUACAGAGGCUGAGAUCAGACCCUCAGGAGUGUGUUUUCUCUUAACAGUCUCAGGUUGUGAACUCAGAUGUAGUUUUACUUUGCUCUUAUGUGUCUGUGCACUUCAGAUAAGACCUCUCACCCUCGGGGAGAUUCUGUUGUUUUCAGCCUUUUUUUCGCUGCUUGUUUGUCAGCUGAUCAGAAACCUCUUAGCUCAGAAUAAAAACAUCUAAAUGAGCUUAACAAGAGGCAUUUAACGGAAACUACACCAGGAAUGGCAAUUUAAAGCAGAAUUAAUGAGGUGAUUUCAGUUUUUGGCGAGAGUUUAAACAGGAACAGUCAACGGCGACUAAAAAAGGUCGGAAAGAGAAACCUCGCCCGUCUAUAUCCUGCUACAAAGCAUGCUGGUUAUUGAAGUUGCUGCGACUGAAUGUAUGUGAUUGUUGUUUUCGAUUUCACUUUUUCAGUCUCUCACUCUUUCUCUAUUCCUGUCUUGAAAUAGGCCUGAACCAAGUGGUGAGCGAGCAGGCGGUGGACGGUCCCAGUCCUCUGGAUACGAUGAUUCAGAGGCUGCAGCAGGAGCAGGACCAAAGAAUGGGGACGAAUGAGACCCCUGCUUCUGCGACUAUGAACACCCGGGGCAGCAGAGGUAAGACCGGGUCAUUUGUACAAGAAAAGUAAAAGAUGUAAAAGAGAUCAAGAAAUAGUGACACAACUGGAAAGGAUAAAAAUAUAAGUAUUUAUGUAUAUCGAUCCAAAUUAUGCAAAAAUAUUCUUAAAAUUUGGGUGCAUAUACGUUGCUAAGCUACCUUAUCUAUGAAGCAUUUGUUUUAACCCAGAUAGAACAAUGUAUUGGUAUAAUUAGGUUUGGCGAACACUGCACCACAUUAUACAUUUGUAAUAACACUUUAUUAUUCAUGGUUACAAUAAUUACUUUAAAUAAUACGUGUGGAUUACGUGUAUUUGAAAAUGGGAAGAUUUUUCAUGGAGCAGUUGAAAUAUGCAACAUUUGAGAUUUUUAAUCAUUUGACAGCAGCAUUUCGACUUACAGAGGAGGGGGGAAACAAUUCAACUCUACUUACCGAACACUGUGUACAUGAAAUAUCCAGCAUGCCUCCAGCGAUGUUAAACAUACAGAAGCUGCAGAGUACACUGAUUGAUUAAAGUGAUGAGAAGUUAGUCUUUUUUCUACAUUGAUCGAUUAAUGUCUCCCCUCCUUCCUGGAUACUAAAUAUAUGUAAUAAAAUAAGGGCCCGACCAUUUUAAUGGGGAGCCGAUUUUAGUUUGAGACUAAUCUGUAUAUAUAUAUAUAUAUAUAUAUAUAUAUAUAUAUAUAUAUAUAUAUAUAUAUAUAUAGUAUACUGUAGAUAUCUACAGUAUAUAAAUAUAUUUUUUAUAACUUCAUAAAAAAUUUUUAAAAUCGUCCGAUUAUCGGUAAUCGGCAUCGACCCCAAAAAAACAUAUCGGUCAGGCCCUAAAUAAAAUGUCAUUUUUCAUCUUUUGGUUUUCAUCCAUUGAAAACAAAAGAAGGAGCUCACCUCUGGCUUUGAGUUCUGAAAGAAAAUUUCACUCAUUUUCGAGAGGUCUGCUAAUGAUAAGAUUGAUCAGUUAAUGACGGGGGAUAAUUGGCAGAUCGAGCAAUCAUGAGUCAUUUCAGCGUCAAGAGGAAGCAGCUUUUUCUCCUCCGUGUGUGAGGGCUGGAAAUUCUUCUUGUUUUCUGUCUAAGAUGGUUUGAGUCAUAUGUUUUUGCUCUGCGUAACCCGAGCCGGGGCAGGGCAGCUCUGGCUGUGAAGCAGAAAGAAAGACUGACAAGUGUAAAGGGUUAAAAUUCUGAAAAUAAGAUGUGUUUUUGACUCUCUCUCUUCGUCUUUCAUUCAGGUUCUGUCGGAUCUCCCACUGAGGUUCACUCACCGCCCAAUGUUGGUUUGCGCCGCAGCGGGCAGAUCGAAGGCGUCCGCCAAAUGCACAGCAACGCCCCUCGCAGCCAGAUGGCCACAGAGGGCGACUUGGUGGCCUGGAGCCGCAGGGUGCUGGUCCCUGAGCUGGAGGACGCCUCCGUCAGGUAACGAAACACACUCAGAAACAAACAAACCGCUGAUUUAACACAGAGGAUCAUUUUAAUGAAUGUCGCAACUGUUUGUUUCCUCACGUGUAGGCGGCAGGUAAACUGGCGUGAGGCUAAAGGUGAAGAGGAGAUCAAUAUCUAUCAGUCGGAGAGGAGGAGACGAACGAUCCACUCACUCCCUAAAGAGAGCAGAGUGAGUGAAUUUAAAGGAAAUAUAAUCACUUCUAUCCCAAAAGUUUCUCAUUUUUCCUCUUAAAGGUACUCACGCUCCUUUAACCUUCAGGUUCAUCCCACAUCAGAGUGUGUAGUUGAUGAAGGGAGGAGGAGCCAGGGUAACCACGGCUACCAAACUCGCGCUGCCAUGGAGGAGACGAGCCGACAGAGCGCUGAGGGUGCUGACGAAGACGAAAGCGCCUCAGAGGUAGAAGAAAAAAAACACUAAAGCUUUGUUUAAACAGACUUUUAGUAACUCUUAAAAGUAAAAACAAGUGAUUCUGUCUUCAAAAGCAGAUCUAUGUUGUAAUUUUUCUGGAGAGAUCUUCUGCAGUAAAGAAAAACAAUAAAACGAUUAAAAAAGUCUGUUUGACCACUUAUCUCCUGAUUAUGUUCACAGCAGGAGUAGAUCAAGCCUUUUUAUGUCUCAUUGUUAUGCAUUACAUUUCUGAAGGCUGCCCUUCACAGUGAUUGUGUUUGUCUUUUCGUCGGUUUGAGUGCUAACACUAAACCCUGUGUGUGUGUGUGUGUGUGUGUGUGUGUGUGUGUGUGUGUGUGUGUGUGUGUUUCAGGGAGAGGUGGAGGUACGGCAGAUCAACGGACACUCUUCAGAGGAGGAGAAGGAGGAGGAGGAGAAGGAGCCCUGGCCGGAUGACCACAGUAGUUCAAGGUCGGACACCUCAAGGUUACAACACUAAAGGACUGGGCGAUUAUAUGAUUAUGAUAAAUUUCAGUUCGAUCACAGUGAUAAGUCGUGAGCAUAUUUACUCGAUCGAACAUGGCAGAAGUGUGCAUGAUAACAGCCAAUCAGAGUCGAGCUUUUCCUGCUCACGUCUGUAAGUUGCCAGAGAAGUAAACAGGGGAAGUAAACAGAACGACCAAACGUGAAGCGUGUCAUUCGUGGCUUUGAGUCAUCCUCCAAAGAUGCCACUGUUGAGAAGAAAAGUUAUUCAACAUCGGUUGUGCGGCGGUGGUUCGGGUAUCUCCAAAGUGACGUCAAGCAAUUAAGCCGAUGUGCAAGGUAUGUCGGCGGUGGGUGCCCUCAAAAACCUGCAACACAACAAAUCUGUUUAACCAUUUGAAGAAGUACUUCCCCAGUGAUUAUGCGGAAGUCUGCACAGCCUGCCACUGAUGACGGCACAGGUAGCAUUAGCUGCAUAUAGCAUUAUAGCAAUAGCAGUAGAGGAUGUGGUGGAGAGAUCUACACUGAGGAACUAUCUUAAAGAACAUGGAUCACCCACCUCACAACACCUUGAUGGACCAAAGGGCCAAUGGUGGUGGACGGCUCCUCUCUCUUCGCUGCAGAACAGAAAGAUUCAGAAGAUCUUUUGUACCAACAGCCAUCAGACUGUAUAACUUUUAUGUAAAAAAUAGAUAACGUUUAUAGACAUAUUAUGUGAGACAACAGACAAUUGAAUUUCCAUUCAGGGAUCAAUAAAGUUCUUCUUAUUCUUCUUAGCAGUUCAGUCACAACUAGCAGACCAAAGCAGCAAUCAAUCGUAUCAUCUAAUGUUUACAUCGUCUAAUGUUUACAUUUUAAGGCGUCUUCAUUAUCUCUGAGGGGGCAAUUUGUUUAUUUUGUGUUAAAAAUAUUCUAAUAAAUGUAGAACUAAUCUCUACUUUCUUUAGUUUUUAGUACAGAUGCUUUAAAACUGGCAGUUUAAAAAAUAUUGUGAUAAUAAUCAAGAUCGGACGAUUUGGCAAAAUAUACCGCAAUCAUUUCUUUUGACUAAUCGCUCAGUCCUUCAACUCACACAGAUAUCUCCUACAGGCAUGUUAAGUUGUGUUUGUUAACUUCUCUGAUGAUCACAGCGACUACUCCAGCGAUUACUCCGACUGGACGGCAGAUGCGGGGAUCAACCUGGAGCCCCCGAAGAAGAGCGUCAAAGUGAAAAAGAAAAGCAGCGGCUCGGAGGAGGACGGGGAGAAGAAGAGGGACAGGAAGAAAGAGAGGAAGAAAGACAAACCAGACAAAGACGGCGCUUUACCAAAGAAAACAAAGCCAAAGGAGAAGAGAAAGGUUUGUCAGCUGUAAUGACCUUUGACAAAAUCGUGGCGUGAGUGUCGCUCUGAUUCAGAGUUAUCACCUAUCUGACAUUUUGGACACACUCGUGUUCAGAUUUAAACCUUUUGAGGUUCAUCUUUUGUCGUAGCCUCCUUGUGCUUGAAUAUUCUGAGUCAUCGACCGCUACAUUUGCAUUCAUUCACGCCUUUUAAAACCUGUUGUGUAUUUUACAGAAUAAGUCAAAUAAAGAUGAAUUAGCAGGUGAUUAUAAGAGUUAAAAUCCCAACAGAGUGAGCAGGACCUGGACCUAGACCUAGACAUCCAGAAUAGAUUCUAAAUCUGCACAGCCACCUCCUCAAAUUACAUUAACCAGCUUAUUAUCAGGCUUAACUGAAGCUAUAAAGAAGUCGACAUAAAGAUGAAUUCAGCAAAUCAAAAAUGUUUGAUGUACACAGCUAAAAAAAAAACACUCCCUCUGGUUCGGUAACGCCGCCAUGGCAACUGUUUUAUAUUAACCUGCGCGCAACAGAGUAAACAUUAAGCUGCACUUUUCAAUUCUCAGUCAAACACCAGCCUGUUAUAAUUCACACUAAACUCAACAUUUCCAUUAAAGCUGGCCUUAGACAAGGUGAGUGCCUCAAACUCCUUGGGAAUAUUUUCGAGUUAUUUCCUUAUUCAGCUCUCCUUCUCAAGGCCGUACAGCUGACACGUCUUAAAACUCGGAAAGUCACAGCCCUGAAACCACCACCCUUCAUAGUUUAAGAAAUUUAAUAUCAUGCAUGUUUCACAGAAGUUUGUUUUCUUCUCUUUUUAGAGGACUGAGUUUGAGGAGCAGGGCCUGACUCUAGAGGAGUGGCUUCCCUCAGCCUGGAUCACAGACACGGUCCCCCGGAGGUGUCCUUACAUACCCCAGAUGGGAGACGAGGUACGCUCUGCCUGUUCCUGCUAGACUGUCCUCACCACAUGUGCGCCACAUGUCCGCUCACGCCAAAACACUGGCUCCGUUUUUAACAUAGCAACAAGGCUCAGAGUCUGCACUAAAUUUAGUGUCGCCACGAGGCUGCUGCGACUAUUACAGAUAAGACAAGAAGGUGCACGGUGACUGACUGAGACGUCACAAGCUGCUAAAACCAGAUUUUCACUAAUAGGACACUAACAGUUUAAAGAUGCAGUUUGUGGGUUAAUUUGUGUGUGUGUGUCGUGUGUUUUUGCAGGUGUACUACUUCAGACAAGGUCACGAGGCCUAUGUGGAGAUGGCCAAACAAAAAAAGAUUUACAGCAUCAACCCUAAGAAGCAGCCCUGGCACAAGAUGGAGCUGCGGGUAAGAGGAAGUGGGGACAAAGCCAAGAACAUAGAAUCUGAUAUCCGAACUUCUCACGUACAUAUGUUUCCAAAACCAGAUGCCAGAUCCAGUUUUAAAAUCUGACAUCUCUGCUGACCUUUAUGUUGUGUAAGAUUUCAUUUUUUGGUUUCAGUUUUCUGACUAAUGUGUAAAAAGGCCAGAGAAGUAGCUUGUAGUCUUUCUAGGAAUACAGAGCAUUUCUUGGUAACCGUUCAUGUACAUAUUCAGCCUGCAGACCUCUUACCUUCUUUACCAGACAGAGACACUCGUCUGGUUUCACUUUCAUGCGGACUAGCAUCCUUUUUCUGCGUCCCCUCUGAGAGAAAGGUGUCUGCAGAGAGCAAAGUUUCAUCCCUGCGUGUAAAAGUGUAACUUUCAGCUGUAAUGCUCACACUCUCGCAGCUUCAAAAGUCAAUGAAACAGAAAAAUAAAGUCAAUCAUGUUCGAAUGAAAUGAGUAGGAUUGCUCGGGUUUUAAUUUUUCACUUCUUGCAGCGCAGAAAUUCGUUAUGUAGAUUGAAUUGUUUUGAUUGUUUGUUUCCAGGAGCAGGAGUUGAUGAAGAUAGUUGGCAUCAAGUACGAGGUCGGCUUGCCCACGCUGUGCUGUCUGAAGCUGUCCUUCCUGGACCCUGACACCGGAAAGCUGACCGGAGGGUCCUUCUCUAUGAAGUAAGCAGAACUUGACCUUAUUUGAGAGCUAAUAACAACACAGCACCGUGCAACUCUCCGUAACUAUUCACUGGCAUUUUAGGGCUGGGCGAUAUGGCCUCAAAUCAAUAUCACAGUAUAUUUAGCAGUUCACCUUGAUAACGAUAAAUGGACGAUAACUACUCCACAAGCUGCUCACCCCCUCCCACAUUAACUUUGUCUACUUCAGCCGCUACAACUUCUGAACCGUCCUCCAUCUCCUCACCUGUCUUUCCUUUUUUGUUACGGAUUGGAUGGGGUGGAGUCACGUCUCUUACGUAGGACAGCGUCUCAAAGGGACAUGAGACCAUAGCCUACCUACACACAUCCAAAACCAACUUUUAUUUAUUUAUUUUUUUGACACAGAAUAUAUUGACAUGGACAAAAUGGCGCCGGUUAUUAUCGGAAAUUCGAGUAUGGGUAAAUUUUCAGUAUGUCACCCAGCCCUACUGCCUUUUUUUAUUCCCACAAACUGCACCCACAUGUGUAGCAAAUAUACUUGCAAGCUGGUUCUGGUCCAAACUCAGCUUGGCUUGCUGUUUUCCUCUUAUUUAAGUGGUAUUGACACGUGUGCAUGAUUCACAUAAUUAGCUUCACAAUGUGGCCUCAUCACUCACUCACACACACACACACACACACGCCUACACUUCAGCUAAGUACGGUUGUGUUUGCUCAUGUACAGGUAUGUUGAGUUUGACUGGGCGACAGCAAGCCUCUGUUUCCUCCUGCGACACUGUUAUUCCCCUGUUGUCGUGAUGUGCUUGAUGUGUUGAUGUCAGAAGACAGGGCCGCGCUAACCGCUAAUCUACCUCACCACAGGGGGCUUUGCAGGUUUCCUGAUAGAGCCUUGAAGGGGGGCCAAAACUCAUAGCUAUUACCCAACCUAGAACUCCAAACACACCAAGCUCUCUCUGAUAAGAUACUUCACUUCUGAAUGUCCUGUGUCCAUUACGUACACAGUAGCUGAAAUACAUAGCAUACCUUUCUUUGAUGCUAAGCACACAGGACGUAAGCGAGCUUUGCAUCCUGACCGCUCCUUGUGGUGUAUUUUAAGAUUGAAAUAAUGAAGCGGCGCUGUCUUUUUUGAUGGAGGGGCGCGUUUAUUGUUUCCGCUGCAGCAGAUUAAAAUGCAAUCCACACGUUACAAUAUGUUCUAGAGCUUCAUACACUUGUGCUUUGCCUGCAGAUGGGUAGCUGAUACAAGUACAAAGCAUGACCUCAUUUUUAUAAUUAAUAGAAAGGCUUUAAAACGCCAUAUUACAGCAAUAAACCAGGUGGAACUCUGGUUUGGUUUGACUGCAUCUGAAAUGCACUGAGAGGUUGCCGUCUUGCACCGUUUAACUUUUGCACAUGAGGGUUAAACAUGCCUGAUUUGCCCCCUUUGGAUCACGCACCAUGUAUCGUUCAAUCAGGACCUCAAGCGUGGAUCCUUAUUUCUACUUUAUGCUCCUUCGGUUUUGUCUUUUCUCCUUCUCACCUCUCGACAAUAUGCAGAUUUUUAGCGUCUUCUGAGAGUCAAAAUGUUCUCAUGAAUAAUCUCUGCGCCCGUACUCGUCUGCAAAGUUUAAAAUAGCAUUUUUCUCCUAAACUCAUCCCCCUAUCGUAACCCAAGACAAGACAGUACCUAUAAACUUUUAAUCCAGUAGACUGGUGUUACAAAACAAGAACUCAAACGUUUAGACCUGUUUUUGUUUUAGCCUUUGACUCACGGUGCUCGCUUCUGAUUCGCAGAUACCACGACAUGCCUGACGUCAUCGACUUCCUGAUACUGAGGCAGCAGUUUGAUAACGCCAGAAAGAGGCAGUGGAGUAUAGGUCAGUCAAAUUCACCAAGUCCCUGUCUGUCUCUGGUCAUUAAAUCAAAUGCUCCUUUCUUGUAAAGAUGUAAACUAACUCCUGUAUUUUCUGUGUGUGUGUGUGCAGGUGACAGGUUUCGGUCAGUGAUUGAUGACGCCUGGUGGUUCGGGACUAUUGAGAGCCAGGAGCCCUUCCAGUCUCAGUAUCCUGACAGCCUGUUCCAGUGCUACAAUGUCUGGUAGGAUUAAAGAUUAGAUGAAUUUUAAAAAAGGAGCUGAAAAAUAUAUGAACUCAAAGUGAACUCGAGGCUCAAUCCAAACUUUUUUUUAAUCAUGUGAAACUGGUGGAUUUUAGGGAGUCAUGAGGUGUGUUGCACCAAACUGAUUUUCUAGUUCCUUUACCAAAUGUUGACGCGGCUUUAACCAGCGUGACAAAACUGUACGGAUAAAAAAGGGAGCUGACAAAAAGAGUGAAGUCAAGAGGAGAAAAAAAGCAUUUCAGAGGUGUUGGGGACUAAAAAUAGAUUCAAGGACUCGUCAUUAAAUUUCAGUGUCUCAUUUUCUGUUGAAUUAAAUGUAGCCGUAGUGACUGCUCUAGAUGUCUACUAUAAUAAAUAAAUGAAUAUAUGUGCAAAUCCUAAAGACACACACACAAAAAACACGUCAUGAUUAACAAUCAACUCAUUAAAAUUAUAGUACAACUAAUCAAUCAGUCAAUAUGUGCAAAUGAAUGUUAAAGUGUCAGAGCUGCCUGUGGAGUACCUCAAGGAUCUGUGAUUGGUCCUCUUUAUAAUUUAUAUCAAUAAUAUUUGUAUUGUUAUCAAAGUUUUAAAGGCGCUGUUUUUGCAGAUAAUACAGUUUGAGCUCCAGAGGGGAAAAUUUGAAUGAACUUUCAUGCAGUGUUGAAAAUGAACUCCAUACUCUCAAAACGUUGUUAGAUGAUGAUAAAUUGUCUCUUAAUUAGGGUUUCUGCUGGGUCUUAAAAUGUGUAAAAUCCAGUAACUUGAAUUUAAGGCCUUAAAAUUUCUAAAAUUCUCUUAAAACCCCAUAAAAUGUCUUAAAUACAAAUUUGAAAGGUCUUAAAAAUGUAUUGAUGUUACUUUCAAAUAAAGAUCGAUUUGAAGUUAGUUUAAAAUGUUCCAAUUUCCCUUCAUGUCUUUUGUACUUUUUUGCCAGUAUGGAUCUUAAUUGUAUUCAUUAUGGUCUUAAAAAGUCUUAAAUUCGACUUGUUGAAACCUGCAGAAACCCUGUUAAUAUUGAGAAAAUUAAUUCAUGAAUUUUGGGAAUCAAAUCAAGCUAAAUCGAGAAGUAACAUUCGAAAUUUGUAUCCGUCUUAACAUUAAAAAAGAGAAUUUAAAACCAAAGUCCUUGGAGUUGUAGUUGAUUAUGAAUUAAAACAACAUGUUGACGAUAUGAAAGGAAAACUUCCAUGUCAAUAGCGAACAUUUAUAAGGCUUUAAAAAUAACCUUUCACUCCCUUAUCGUCCCUUAAAUGUUUUAUUUUGCGUAAUCGUCUUCUUGUUGUUUAAUUCUGGAGUGAUGCCAGUAUACAUUUAGAAACCUGUGCCUCACUUUCUGUUAAAAAAAAAAAAUGGUUGGCAUAAGAGGUAAUGAUUUACCUGUUGUUGUUUUCUUUACACUGUGGAUGUGAGCAGAUUACUUAAUGAGAUGAAAAUGUCAGCUAAACCCAAAUUAGCAUUUUGCUUCUGCCUGGGCUUGUUAACUCACUUCUUCAUACAGGCCUGUUGGCUCUGUUUAAAAAUGUCUGGACUGUGAAAGCUGCCGUAUGAUCACUGACAGAAUAAUAAAAAAAAGUAAUUUACUGUUAAAGUAACUAAAAGAUUGAAUUUCACAGUAUUUUACUGCUGAAAAAUAGUAAAACCCAGACCUGGCUCCCUUUUGUCAACUGUGGCGUUCGUCAUUUUGAGUGAAUCUGGGGCUGAGUGGGUUUAACUCUCUAAAAAUUUCAUUUAUAUGAUUUACAUGAAACAAGAGUUUGUCUUUUUGGACAAAUUCCAGGCGAAUGACCGGCUGCGAUUGUGCCGCCGACGCCUCCUCUCAGCUCAAUCAUUAACACCUCCUGGCUCCAAUCAUUCGGGACACUUGCUGAAACAGUCCUGGGUGACAGUUUGAAUUUGAAGCCAGCCAACACCGGCCUUUGUUUUGCAUUUCUUGUCUUUUGUUGUCGGCGGUAUUCCAAUUACAAACAUUAAUAAGCACAUUGUCUGGUUGAGUUAUUUCUGCUCGUCGGCGAGGAGAGCUUGUGGUCACACAGUGUCUGAAAAACCUCGCCAGAGACUCGCAGCCACUUUGAGCCGAGAUACACUGACCAUGAGAAGCACAAAAGAAAAAAAUAAGCACAAAAAGCACAAUAUGGUGAUGAGGAUUCUUGUUUUUUUUUCAGCUGGGAUAACGGGGACACGGAGAAGAUGAGUCCGUGGGAUAUGGAGCCUAUUCCUGAUGAUGGUGAGUCUCUAUAAUAAACCAAAAUUAUCAAAUUUCUGUUUCUGUCUUUGUUAUUCCGAAGUUCACAGCUUUUAUAGAUUUGUCACUUCCCUCUUCAGCCACCUUCCCAGACGAGUUGGGCACCAGCGUCCCGCUGGUCGAAGAGGAACAGAAGGAGCUGCUCUACGUCCCGCUGGACGGCGAAUGGGGCAGCCACACGCGAGAGGAGGAGUGUGAACGCAUCAUCAAAGCCAUCGACCAGCUCUGCACGCUCGGUAUGACGUCACCCGGCCUCUUUGGAGGAAUAACACUCCUAUUAUGUCAUGUAAGCGGUGAGGUGAGGUUGAGCCAGGAGGGCGCGUUUCUCGUAAAGCAGAGGCAUGACUUAACCCGACAUGAAUCACCGCUCGGAGCUUGGCAGCUGACAGGGGCUACGCUGACACGCCGAACACAUCGAGAUGCCUGCUUGAAUUCAUGUUUAAGUGAUGUAAUGUCAUAUUAUGCCCAGACUUUGUUUUACUGCAAUCCUCUCAGUGGAAAUCAGGUCUGAGAGCUCCCUCUAGUGGCAGUUUGUGGAUGAAACAGGCUGAAGCCCCCUAAAGAGAGCACGCUUAAUCCCUCUGGAGCUCUUUUUGCUUUGACACUCGACGCUGCAGUGGGAUUUAUUCGAAGGCUUUCAUGUAAAUCUAUAUUUAGAAAUAUAUAUUUGGAAUAAGUUGGAAAGUAGGAAGGUGUCAUAUAGAAAUUUGCACUUGUUCAUGCAGACUCUGAAUUUUUUGAUUUAUUUGAAAAUCAGCAAGUAAAAGUCGCUUAAACUUUUGUGUAAUCAUUUGUUUCUUUCAUCGCUCCUUAGAUGUCGCUGCCCCGUUCGCCUUCCCAGUGGACCUACAAGCUUACCCCACAUACUGCACAGUCGUGGCCUACGUCACCGACCUCAGCACCAUCCGCCAAAGGCUGGUGAACCGCUUCUACAGGUACCUCACAUCAGGCUGCAGUUUAGUGAAAGAGACGGCUCAGAUGAGACUCACUCACGCGUGUUUGUAUUUGUCUUUCAGGCGGCUGUCGUCUCUGAUGUGGGAGGUGCGCUACAUCGAACACAACGCCCAAACGUUCAACGAGCCCGGAGCGUUCAUCGUCACCACCGCCAAGUUCGUCUCUGACGUCAUGCUGCAAUUCAUUAAGUGAGUUUGCCGCUCUGUCUAAUUAAUCCGAAAGCCUGAAUGGCGGGGAGUCGACCACUCUUCAUCAUCCUGUUCAGUUUGUCUCUUAAAGCAAUCCAUUCAAAACGCAGUCAGUCAUCAUAAACUUCUGCUCACAGACAAAUGUACUGAUUUAUGAGAACAUUUGUUUGAACUGUGAAAUACUGUGUUGUCUAAUUUUGGUUUUUCUUUCAGGGACCAAAGUUUGACAGACCUCAUGCCGCUCUACAGGAACAUGAAGAAAAACAUCUUCUCUGACUCUGAAGAUGAGGUGUGUUUGCAUAUCCUCAUUUGUCCAGGUCUCAAUACAAUAAUAUCGGUGCAUGACUUCUCACUUUGCACAAGAGCCUGUCUGACAAUAUCCUGUAUUCUACUGGCUUUAUUAAAUGUCUCUCUGUAAUCUAUUAAGGACGAGGAGGAGGAGGAGGACGAAGAUACUAGCAGGCCUGGAACAUCCACACGAAACCACAAGGUAAGACGGCUAACAUGGAUUUAAAAUCCUUUUAAUAUAAUUAUCACAAUAUUUCUAGGAAACUUGAAAAUAAAACAGUAUGAUUAGUUUAAGUGAGGAGAGGCAAGGUGAGGGUGGAGCCACACAUCACUUCAGAGACUAACUUAUACGCCAUUAUCUAUAAUUCUACUGAUGAUCGUAUUUUUCAUGCUUUUUCAUGCUUUUAUUUUCUCUGUCAUGCCUUUGUUUCCUGCAUUGUUAAAUCAUGCUUUUAUUUUGAAGUAGGCUGGCUCUGUCUGAUUGACAGUUGUGAUUUCUCUCCUUUUCAGUAGGAAAUCAGCCAAUGCCUUUCUCCUAAUUCGAUUCCUCUACGAUUUUCGGAUGCCGAUUCAAUCUGCAUCGCAAUUCUACUUUAUUGUCGAUUUUCUUGAUUUUCAAGGUCCUCUCACACCGGGACCGUUUUUAUCGUGUGAUUAUUUCAGACGUAAAUUUUUUUUUUCGAACCCGUAUCCUGUCAAUACGAGCGUUCACAUCAGCGACGUUUUCCCGUCCUGCGAUAUUGCAGCAUUUAUUUUUUUGGAUCACGGUUGAUUUUUAUAAAGUUACGCAUACUGUGUGUCCACUUCUGACCAAUCAGAUUGCGUGUUGUUGCGACGUCUGAUUCACCGGUAUAUCCAACAUGGCCGACCGGCUGAUUGUUUACGUGUCGAGUGCUUUUUGAUAAAAGACACAAACAUUACAAAGAUAACAACCUGAAGGAUAGUUUGUGUGUUUUAACAGUUUGUUAAACGUCUUUGUUUUAACUUUCAUCUGUGCUAAGUAACUUUAGCUCGUAAGCUAAUCUGUUCAGAUACAACAUACCAUAUGUAUUUUCACUGUCUCAAACUCAAUCGCGUUUCUGUCACAGCACUAUUAGGUCUCGGUUGUUACCUUACGUUUAUGGAUUAUAGUUUAAUGUGCUUAUCUGGUACUGGCCCCGACUCAGUACAUGCUAUCAUGACAGACAGACAUCUCAACACUAGAGUCGAAUCAGAACUGAAAAACAGUCAGUCUGCUGUUGUGUCAGUCUUCUCACUUCCACCCGGGACACGUCUAAGUCACAAAAUUGCAUCAGGCUUGAUGUGUUUAGUCAGGUGCGUCAAAAUUCGCCUCCGAAUAUUUCGGAAUUUCACGUUGUAUAUUUGCGUCAGUCCCGGUGUGUAAGGACCUUAAGGCUGCAUUUUUAACAGUGAAACAGUUGAAUUAUUAUGAUUAUCUACUGACUAUUCCAGGAACCGUAUUUCACCAAAAAAUACACAUAAUAUCUGAGUUAGUUUUUAAGAUUUAUUGUUAAAUUUGAAAUGGAAAAAAAACGAUUUUUAAACCUAAAAAUAGAUUUAAAAAUUGUAAAACAAAAAAUCGCGAUAGUUAUGUGAAUCAAUUUUUUCUCCCGCCCCUAAUAAUUAUCAUGAUAUUUCUAGAAAACUUGAAAGUAAAACACAAUCAAUGAAAGUGAGGAGAGGCAAGAUAAGGGUGGAGCCACACAUCACUUUAUAGACUAUACUGUCUAACACAGUUAACGCUGUUUCCUAUUUCUACUGAUCAUCAUAUUUAUCAUAUUAUCUUUUUCUUUUUUACAUUAUAUUAUAUUAUCAUCAUAUUUCAUGCUUUUAUUUUGAUUUUCUCUGUCUUGCCUUUGUUUCCUGCAUUGUAAAAUCAAAAAAAUCAAAAGGAGGAAAUCAGCCAACAAGAAGGAUACAAGAAGAUGUAAACUGUGUUUAUAUCCUGAUCUAUGUCUAGAGCAGCUUAUUUAACAGUAUGCUGCCCAACACACCUCCUCAAGAAUAAAAACUAAUAGCAUCAGCAUUAUAUGAGUAAAACAUGGACGAUUAUAAGGAAAUUGUGUAAAAAAGGAGAAGAAUCAAUAAAAUUAAAACAGCCAGAGCAGUUUUUUGAGAGGGAGCUGAGCCCGAGGAGUGUUUUCGAUCCACCUGUUGAUCUACAUGCUAACUCUCACCUCCGAUCACGAACUUUGGGUCGUGACUUAAAAGGAUGUUAUCACAGAUACCAGCUGCCAAAAUGAGUUUCCCCUGAAAGGUGGGCCGGGCUCGGGUUGGAGAUUGAUUGUGGCAUUUGCAAGACUGUACCAAAGACCCCAACGGAAAUGAGCGUUCGGACUUUAAGUUAUCCAUGAAAUUGGUCUUGUUAAUUUCCUUUUUUUUUUCGCAUAGGGUGGAAGACCAAUGAAGCGCCAACUGCGGACCCGACCUCCUUCGUACAACCCUCAAGCGUGGAGGGGACGCUGUAAGGAGCUGCUGGAUCUCAUCUUUCAGUGUGAAGACUCGGAGCCCUUCAGGGAACCCGUGGACCUACAAGAGUACCCGGUACCUUCACUGCAACUCUUUGUUAUCCUUAUUUAUACUCUAACUGGACUUCUCUGGAUUAAUCCAGCUGUACAAUCUGUAGCACGAUUGGCCGCAACCAAAUCCAAAUGAAAAGUAGUUGAGAAGAAGAGUUUUAGAGAAACUCUUUCGCUGUGGGUUCACUCCACUUCAAAUAAAACUCCAAAUCUCGAGCGUCCUUACCCACUCUUCUCCUCCGCUCCUUCUCGUAAAGCCUGUAACUAAAAUAUCCCAACUACCCUCUUUUUCCUCUCAGGACUACCUGCAAAUAGUUGACUCCCCCAUGGACUUUGGCACCGUUCUCAACACGUUAACCGAGGGGAAGUACCAGUCUCCCAUCGAGGUCUGCAAAGAUGUCCGGCUCAUUUUCAGCAACUCCAAAGCUUACACGCCCAGCAAGAAGUCUCGGGUGAGAAGAAAACGAGUUUGAAAUAAACGCCUCGCCUUUUUCUAUCUUAGGAUGACGGAGGAUGUAAAUGUUGUUUUUUCCGUGUGUGCAGAUCUACAGUAUGAGUCUGCGGCUCUCUGCGCUGUUCGAAGAGCACAUCAGCCCCAUCCUGUCCGACUAUAAAGCCAUCCACGGCCUGACGGAUAAACUGACCAGACAGGGCACUGACAAACAGACGCGACACACUACAGACAGACAGACACGGCACGCCAUGAAGAGGAGGAGGAGGAGGAGCGACUCUCCGGCCAGCAGCACUGCGUCCAGGUCGAGAGAAAGACGCUUUAUUUAGAGUUUUCCUUCUUUUUGAUAUUUCAGUUAGCGUCAUUUACUGUUUCUUCCUCUUUUAUCCUGCCUCAGCCCGGAGAGGAAGAGACGUGUCUCAUCGAGGGUGACCGGGAAACGGGAGCCGACGCCACCUCCUCCUCGACCUCCAUCUCUGAGACAGAGCCUCCCCCCGAAACAGCCCCCUCAGCUGGUCAACGGGAAGGCGGACACGCCGGCCGCAGCACGAACACGGAGCUCCGCCCGCUUUUCCGCUCACACCCCACCUUCUUCGUCCAACUCGAAUAACACAACGAGCAACGCGCAGAGCUCAGCGGGUGAGACGUAGUCAUGGAAACAGCCUUUAGAAACGUCUCAUAUCGUCUUUUUCUACACUUAUGUAACUCUACCUGCUCAGUCACUGACUUUGCACUUGAGUUUCCGUUUCCUGACCGCGCGUCUUUUUACUUCUGAUUCCUUUGCAGAAUCGUCUCGCUCGCUGAGAGCUCAUAACUCCGUGUCGGCUUCAGCACCUCCAGUUCCCGAGAAGGUGACACCCUCGCCAGCGGCAGAAAGCAGCGGCGGAGGAAGCACCCGGAGAAAACUCAGGACUCCUGUCCGACUCACACCAGGUAAGAGAUCCCAAAUGAAGUGCCGCUGGACGUCUUUGUCGUAAAAGUGUAGAAUAAAGUUUAAAAAGUCUCCGUCUCCUCUCUCAGGUUCUCCUGCUAGUCCUCCCUCACAGAGCACAGUCCAUCUAAACGGCCACAGCAGUCAUGUGACCCUCGGUGUAGGAAGGAGGGGUAGAAAAUCCGGACUGGACCCUCCACUCAGUCCUCCAGAAGUCACCACUCCAGGGAGUCCCUCCAGACCUCGAGGUCGACCUCCGGGGAAGAAGAAAGGCAGAAAGAGCAAACAGGAGCUCGAGGAUGUGAGAAGGAGCACCCGCAGGAGCGCCACCCCUGACGACGAGCUCGACCAAUCAACAGGAGACGAGGGCGGGACUUCUUCGGCACAGGAAACGUCUGUGCUGUCUGAUUCCGGCAUGUCGUCACCGAGACGGCGCGGGCGUCCCCGAGCGGUUCGAACUGACGAACCCAGUCCUCCUGCUGAGUCACCCGAGCCUUCGCCUUUGAGGAGGAGCAGCAGGAGAACCAACGAGGAGAUCACGCCUCCUCCGCAGACCGCUCCUCCGAGAUCCAAUCAGAAAGAGGCGGGGGGGGAGGACGCAGGCGGGUCGAUGCGGACGCGGAACCAGGGGCGGCGGUCCGCCUGGUACAUGGAGGAGGACUCUGAGGAGGAGCAGAGACAGCUGCUGUUCGAGGACUCCUCGAUCACCUUCGGCACCUCCUCAAAGGGGCGUGUCCGGAAGUUGACGGAAAAGGCCAAAGCCAACCUGAUUGGAUGGUAGAGGAGAAGGAAAACUUAGCAGCAAAGGAUUAUGGGGUGGAGUCCAGGCAGGCUGAUCUCAGUUUAUGUACGCCUGAGGAGCUACUAGCCGUUCGACGAAGAGACGACAGCGCAGUUAGCUUUCCUCUCCUCUCGUCUAGUUAGCAUUCGGCUACGCUAACAGACGGCUUCCUGAAAACGCAUGUUCUUCUGCCCGGUCUCUUUUUCCUACAUUAUUGGUCCAUGUUGGAUCCCACAGGAGCUCGCUGACUCGUACACUCCUCUCCAGUGAAACACUUCCUCGGACGGGGCGAAUAGUACUUGAAAAAAAAAACCACACGGAGAGCUGGAUGUAUCUGAUAUCACUCUUUCUUUUUAGGGGCUCAAAGAGUCCCGUCUCGAGAGAUUUGUUGAGUCUGUAAAGAUCACAGACUGCUGGUCUAACGACGUCUCUGCUCCCUUCUUCACUGUUCCCCUUCUUUUUUUAUACAAACCCUCCUCCCCCCCCCCUGCUUUUUAUAAGAUUUGUACGUGAUGAUCGGCUCUGUUUUUGGAAGUCUUACACAUUUAUUGGCCUGAGCGUGUCCGUCUGCGCUAAAAUACCAAAUGGUGUACCUUUGUUGGUACUGUAGAUCUGUAGGUUUUGUUUACCGUCAGUGUGUACAAGUGUGUGUGUGGGUGUUAUCGUUUAUUUUGCAUGUUUAAUUAGAAAGAAAAAUCAUCUUUUUUUUUUUUUCCGGAUUUUUUUGAAAGCUGUUUUUGUCGCGUGGAGGAGAUAAAAAAGGAUGCAUGGGUGAAAGCGGUCAUUUUGAGUGAUCACGUUUCAGCGCGUCUUCAACAUUAGCAAUACCUUGUGCCUUUAUGUCUUUGGUGUGUGUGUGUGUGUGUGUGUGUGUGUGAACAAGCGUGCCCUUCAAAGUAAAGUAUGUGCCUGUGUGAUACCGAGCGUGUGCGUUUGAAGGAGUGCGUGGGUUUUUUUAAACAGUGUCAUUCACUUUCAGCGUACAAACAGUGGCAUACAGUUUGAUCGUUGUGAAAACUCAAAGAAAUGUAUUUAUAGCAGUUGAAAAAAAAAAGACUUAUUUGUUGUUGUAAAACCAUUAUUCAUGUCGAUAUAUUAUCCUAUAACCGAUCUAUCAUCAGUUCAUACCUAAGGUACAGCCAGAGGAGCUUUGAGAUGCACUUACCACAGACCGGCUAUCAAUGCAGUCAUAGGAAGUAACCCUGUGUUCGUUCUUUUGAAGCUGUUAACAUAUAAGAACAUACCUUUUAUAAAUGUUGACUUGUUUCUAUGGUGACCACACACACAAAUUUGCCCCCGCAUGUUUGAGCACUUUCUCACACCUGGAGCCCGAUCAAACUGGAUGGGACUGAGAGAGAUAGAAGUCUUCAAUUCACCUUUCUGAUUGUGUGCCUUUGCUACCCCGGCAUGUUUCAUCUUCUGUUUCUGCUUUUUGGGGCCUUCUUUCUAGUUUUCUUUGGUUCUUGGUUGGAGAGACCCGGACUUUUGGGACUGGACUUUGCUUCUUAUCCGAGAAAAAAAACAAAACAGACUGGAUACAAAAACAUAUAACAUCUCUCUCUCUUUCCUCUCUCUCUCUGUCUUUUUCUACUCACUCAACCGAAUGCCAAAUGAAGCCACGUGUGUGUUGUGGGUUUACCUGAGAAGAACUGGACAGUAGCAUCUAGAAACACAUGGGUUCUUUACUAAUAAUCACAUAUUAUCAAACAUAUAUCUCAUCUGUAUAUCAUUGUUUCUUCUUUUAUUAUUUUUGUUGUGAAUUUGUCAAUGCCAAAUUCUGUCUUAGGGCACUGAAGUUUUUCAACCAUGGCGUUUGAAUGUGUUUUAUUUCCUGGAGCAGUUUUUAUAUAAUGUGUUAACUGUUUUCUGCCUGUGUGUCCGCCAUACAGAGACAUUAUUUUAGUGGCUACGUCGGUCGGUCGGUGGAGUUAGAAUAUAAUUAACAGCUUUUUUUUUUUGUUUGUUUCAUGUGAUUUUGACCUAUAUUUACUUCAUAAAAAAAAGUUUGUUUAUAAUGUUGAUAUGAAGAGUUUUAUUCAAAAUUCAGAAAGCUUAAAACAGACACCUUUCUCCAGAAAAGAUUAUUUAGAGUGAACAUAAAAUCGUAUCAUCAGGGUUUCUACGAAAGAUAAAAAAGUUAAUGAUAUUUGACCACACAAAUAUGUAUAAUGGGGGCAAAGGUCAGCUCCUUAAAGGUACGCUUCAAAUGUUCAUAGUUAGAUAUUGUAGAGUUUAUCAUGAGUCGGCCUGGAGACAUUAAAGGGAUAUUCCGGUGUAAAAUUAAUUUAGGGUCAAACACACCGUAACACUGAGUUAGACACCCCGUCAAGAGAUGAAUGUUGCCGACCGCUUCUCUAGUUUUACAAAGUUUAGUAAUGAUCGCACAAUAGCAAUACACAGUGGUCUGAGGAGCCAUAAACAAACCUCAACCAAAACGCCACUCUAUAGCCACAAAUAAUGCUCAGAACAGCACCUAACUUCAUCAACAGUACAUAUGGGUCUUAACCAUAGCACUAGCCACCAAACAUCUUUUUAACUUUACCUAAUUUCUUUAGCAAAGAGACUAAACGCAACUCACCUACUCUCUUCCAGCAGCCGCUUGUAGCGAGACCUCAUGCCAGUCCAUCAUUUCUUCAUGGAAAUGCAAUCAGACCAAGACGCCAAGGCAGAAGAACUACCACGUCUGCAGUGCAAAAUGAUUAAUAUGGUGAUUAGUGCUUCAAGAAAAUUAUAAAUAAAUGAUCAUAAAUGUUCUUCCUUGAGCUGCGUCACCCCACUGUAGUCUAUACUGGACUGGCCCGAGGUCUCUCUACAAACAAGCGGCUGCUGGAAGAGAGUAGGCAAGUUGUGUUUUGUCUUUUUGCUUAAGAAAUUAGGCAGAGUUAAAAUAUGUUUGGUGGCUAGUACUAUGGCUGGGACCCUAUAUGUCCUGUUGAUGAAGUUAGGUGCUGUUCUGAGCAUUAUUUGUGACUAUAGAGUGGCGUUUUGGUUGAGGUUUGUGUAUGGCUCUUCAGACCACUGUGUAUUGCUAUCGUGCGGUCGUUACUAAAGUUGGUAUAACUAGGGAAGCGAGCGGUCGGCACUAUUCAUCUCUUGACGGGAUGUCUAACUCUGUGUUUACGGUGUGCUUGACCCUAAAUUAAUUUUUCGCCGGAAUAUCCCGUUAAUGAGCUUCCAAAUUUGAAGUAACUGGCUGACAAUUUGGUUUAAUGUUUACGUGGUUUGAUUUUAAAACAGCGCUUGAGAUUCUGGAUCCACUACUUUGUAGAUUACAGACACAGCAGCCAUCGUAACCCCAUUGUAACGAGAAGGGAUCAGAUUUACACAUCAAAUGCUGCAAUCAGCCCCCAACUCUUCAUCAAAACCUGUUGAUUUAACAGAGCUGAUUUAGUUAACCACGCUAGAAAUAAUGUACAACCUCUUAUCACUUCAAAGGGGCCUUAAAAGUCACUCCUUCAUAGGCAAGAAAUGGUGUAUGCAGAUUUUCAGUUAAAGUCGAGUUAAUUGAAACGUUCAGAUUCUUACUGUAAACCACCUGCGCCACAUUUCAGGAGCUCAUCUACACAUCCAUCUAACAACAGGCCUGUGCUUAUGUGUUGCAGUUGUGACCUCUGACCAGAAAAUGCAGGUCAGGGGUGUGUCUGUGUGAAAGUGUGUAUGUAUGUAUGUGUGUAUGUGUGUGAAGUGGCUGCAUGUGAGCCACUGGAGAGUAUUUUGGGGAUGUUUUCAGGGGGUAAGGGUUUGCAAAGAGCAGAAAGGGGAAGGGUGUGGGUUUGUUUUAUGUGAACUGAUCGAAGAAGACGUCUUUGUUAGUUUGGAUACUUUUAUAUAUAAAGGAAUUAAAGCAAAAAGAAGCAUAAAGCUAGAAUGUAUGUUUAGGGGAGUACUGCUGUCCUGUUAGUUCAUACCAAUAUUUUAAGUGAAUAAACAGUUGUGUUUCCAUAUCUACUUCUCUUUCAUGUUGUUGAUCGUGUCAUUAAAAGUCACUUUUUCACAUUU